AUGUCUCUUAAUCUAUUGGGGAAUAGCUGUUAUGAAGUAAGCAUCGUGCCACCACAGACUUCUCUGAAGGGUGGAGGACCUUGCUGGUUCACUUUUAAACCUGACCUACCCUCAGACGUUACUACUGGAACUGCUAAGUUUGCUGAUCUAGGCUUUGUUGAUUUGAAUGGAGUUAAACACAAGACUAACUGUCUCGUUGGAGUAGGAAUUCCUCCUGCUGAGGAAGAAGGUUUGGUCACUGUAAAAGUGCACGGAAAAAGUGACAAGACUGGCAAAUCGAGUGAUCUUGGGGAGACAAAAUUGUACUAUUUUGAUGAACGCAAAAAGGCUCUCAAGCAAAUAGUCCAAGAUGAAGAGCAGUAUCACUCCUUUUUCGAAGAAUGGAAUGCUGCUUGUAAAGGGCACCUCACUGAUGGCAGCCAAAAAGAGACGAAGUCCUCUAAUUCAGGGUGCAUGAAUUCAGGGAAUCCUUUACAUUCACUUCAAGGCUUACUGUUGUUGGUGUAUGCAGCAGCAGAAACUGAUGCUCGGCAGUUCAUUGAGUUAGUCCUCAAUUCGUCGGCUGGCAAAGUGGUCUUCAACGCCUACAGGUGUACCUCUCCAUUACCAGAGGAUGUUGCGAGAGCAUUUGGCCACGAAGAUACCGCGCAGUACCUUGAGUCCAUAAGUAAAAGAUUGUCUCAAGAUUUGAGCGCCAGUGAAGAACACUUAAAAGCAAGUCAUGUAUUAGAGCUUACUGAUGCAGUCAGAAAUCAAUCAACGUUUUACAAUAACCUGGGUCUUGUACACCGUCAGCUGGGAGACCUUAAUCAGGCAAAAGAUUAUCACGAUCGUGCAUUGGCUAUUAUGCUGAAAAAGCUCGGACCUGACCAUGCUGAUGUCGCAGCGUCUUAUAGUUAUCUGGGUCUUGUACACCAGGAGCUAGGAGAAUUUAAUCAGGCAAAAGAUUAUCACGAUCGUGCACUGGCUAUUAUGCUGAAUAAGCUCGGACCUGACCAUGUUAAUGUCGCAGCCUCUUACAAUGAUCUGGGUCUUGUACUCCGUAAGCUGGGAGACCUUAAUAAGGCAAAAGAUUAUCACGAUCAUGCAUUGGCUAUUAUGCUGAAAAAGCUCGGCCCUGACCAUGUUAAUAUCGCAGCGUCUUACAGUUUUCUGGGUCAUGUACUCCGUCAGCUGGGAGACCUUAAUCAAGCAAAAGAUUAUCACCAUCGUGCACUGGCUAUUAUGCUGAAUAAGCUCGAACCUGACCAUGUUUAUGUGGCAACCUCUUACAGUUAUCUGGGUCUUGUACACCGUCAGCUGGGAGACCUUACACAGUCAAAAGAUUAUCACGAUCGUGCACUGGCUAUUAUGCUGAAAAAGCUCGGACCUGACCAUGUUUAUGUCGCAGCGUCUUACAGUUAUCUGGGUCAUGUACACCGUCAGCUGGGAGACUUUAAUCAGGCAAAAGAUUAUCACGAUCGUGCAUUGGCUAUUAUGCUGAACAAGCUCGGACCUGACCAUGUUAAUGUCGCAACCUCUUACAAUGAUCUUGGUCUUGUACACCGUAAGCUGGGAGAGCUUAAUCUGGCAAAAGAUCAUCACGGUCGUGCGUUGGCUAUUAUGCUGAAAAAGCUCGGACCUGACCAUUUUGAUGUCGCAGCGUCUUACAGUUAUCUGGGUCUUGUAUACCGUCAGCUGGGAGACCUUAAUCAGGCAAAAGAUUAUCACGAUCGUGCACUCGCUAUUAUGCUGAAGAAGCUCGGCCCUGAGCAUGUUAAUGUUGCAGCGUCUUACCAGGCUUUGGGUCAUGUACACCGUCAGCUGGGAGACCUUAAUCAGGCAAAAGAUUAUCACGAUCGUGCACUGGAUAUUCUGCUGAAAAAGUUCGGCCAUGAGCAUGUUAAUGUUGCAGCGUCUUACAAUGAUCUGGGUCUUGUACACCGUCAGCUGGGAGACCUUAAUAAGGCAAAAGUUUAUCACGAUCGUGCACUGGCUAUUCUGCUGAAAAAGCUCGGACCUGACCAUGUUAAUGUUGCAGCGUCUUACAAUGAUCUGGGUCUUGUACACCGGCAGCUGGGAGACCUUAAUAAGGCAAAAGAUUAUCACGAUUGUGCACUGGAUAUUCUGCUGAAAGAGCUCGGACCUGACCAUGUCGAUGUUGCAGCGUCUUACAAUGAUCUGGGUCUUGUACACCGUCAGCUGGGGGACCUUACUCAGGCAAAAGAUUAUUACGAGGGAGCACUGUCUAUUAUGCUAAAAAAGCUUGGCCCUGAGCAGGUUAAUGUUGCAACGACUUACAAGGCUUUGGGUCUUGUACACUGUGAGCUGGGAGACCUUAAUCAGGCAAAAGAUUAUCACGAUCGUGCACUGGCUAUUAUGCUGAAAAAGUGCGGCCCUGAGCAUGUUAAUGUUGCAGCGUCUUACAAUGAUCUGGGUGUUGUACACCGUCAGCUGGGAGACCUUAAUCAGGCAAAAGAUUAUCACGAUCGUGCACUGGCUAUUCUGCUGGAAAAACUCGGCCCUGACCAUGUUGAUGUUGUUGCGUCUUACAAUGAUCUGGGUCUUGUACACUGUCAGCUUGGAGACCUUAAUAAGGCAAAAGAUUAUUACGAGGGAGCACUGGCUAUUCUGCUAAAAAAGCUCGGACCUGACCAUGUUAAUGUUGCAGCGUCUUACAAUGAUCUGGGUCUUGUACACCGUCAGCUGGGAGACCUUACUCAGGCAAAAGAUUAUUACGAGAGAGCACUGGCUAUUAUGCUAAAAAAGCUCGGCCCUGAGCAUGUUAAUGUUGCAACGACUUACAAGGCUUUGGGUCUUGUACACUGUGAGCUAAGAGACCUUAAUAAGGCAAAAGAUUAUCACGAUCGUGCACUGGCUAUUCUGCCGAAAAAGCGCGGCCUUGAGAAUGUUAAUAUUGCCGCGUCUUACAAUGAUCUGGGUCUGGUACACCGUCAGCUGGGAGACCUAACUCAGGCGAAAGACUUUCACGAGGGAGCACCCCCACAUAGCCCUGGACGUGUCCGUAAUAAGUGGGAAUGUUCGUUAUUUUAA